UUCAAACCAGGGUAAAAUAGGGAAUGGGCUGCUUAUGGAUUGGCCGUCGUUGGUUUCGUUUCUCGAUUCGGCGGCAUGCACGUACGACGAUGCGAAACGGUAGACAUGGGACUUCAUUUCAGUUUCUCCGCCUACGGCGCGUCAUUUCUCCUCUUUUCAUCACGCGGUUAUCUUUGUUUCUCUCUGGAGUCUAGGAAUAUAUUUAACCUUCUAGAACUCUUCUCGUGGUUCUUCUGGGCAAGCCUUGUCUUCCUGCGUGACCGUCUUCCACCAUGAAGUUCUCAACGUUCUUGACGCUUGCCAGCACCGCAUGCAUUGCAAUCGCCAGUCCAACACCCACGAUCGAGAAGCGCGCCGAUUACUGCGGUCAAUGGGACUCCGCAGUCACAGGGGCCUACACGGUCUACAAUAAUCUCUGGGGCCAGUCCGCAGCCACCUCAGGCUCCCAAUGCACCGGCGUCGACGGCCUCAGCGGCUCCACCCUCAAAUGGCACACCAAAUGGACCUGGGCCGGCGGCUCGUACAACGUGAAGUCGUACGCCAACGUCGUAACGAGCCUGACCAAAAAGUCGCUCUCGUCCAUCUCCUCGCUCCCCUCGACAUGGUCCUGGACAUACACGGGCAGCUCGCUCGUCGCAAACGUCGCCUACGACCUCUUCACCUCCUCGUCCGCCUCCGGCUCCGCCGAGUACGAGAUCAUGAUCUGGCUCGCGGCCCUCGGCGGCGCGGGGCCCAUCUCGGCCACCGGCUCGCUCAUCGCGACCGUCACGCUGGCCGGCACUAGCUGGAAGCUGUAUAAUGGCAUGAAUGGGCAGAUGAACGUGUUUAGCUUUGUGGCGAGCAGCCAGGUUGCCAGCUUCAGUGGCGAUUUGAUGGCUUUUGUUAAUUAUUUGAGUAGUAGCCAGGGACUGAGUAAGAGUCAGAUUUUGCAGAGUGUGGGCGCCGGGACGGAGCCGUUUACGGGGAGCAAUGCUGUGUUUACGACGACGGGGUUUAGUUUGAGUAUGACGUAGGGGGCGGGUUGGGGCUGGUGAUGUGUAGAGGGUUCUGUUGGCCUGGAAGGGCACUGCUGGAAGCCUACAAUGAAUGCAGUCCGUUUCUUUUUGAAAAAUGUUCACCGUGUACGCUGUCGUGUGCGCAAUCUAUCGGCUUUGAGAACCU